UCACAUUUUCAUUGAAUGGCUUGGGAGAUAUGAGCUCCCAAAGUAGGUAACUCAAACCUGACCCAACACUUAGCCAAAUUCCUUCCUUCUUCUUCCAAACUCCACUUCCUUCUUCCUCAAGCAAUUCCAGCUUCAAGAUUGAUCCGAUUGAGAUCAUAUCAGAAGCCAUGUCCAAAUGCUGCUUCUCGUCGAAAUCCCUUGAUUACUAGUCAUGACUGCCAUUCAAAGAUUGACUGGUGUCAAACAGCAAGUUCUUUUAUUGAGCAGGAGAGAAUUCUGUGCCAUGAGCUAGAGAGCAUGGUUACCUUGUCUUCAAGGAGCGAGGCUAAGAGUAUUGAACCUGUUGCUGAUGACAACAUUGUUGAAAUUAAUCCUUUGAGAAUCUCUCCUCCAAAUGCAAGAGAUUCUGCUGUCCUGAAUGAUGUUACGUCAACGAAUUGUUUUCACCGCCUGCACACGGAUGAUGAUAGUGACUUGGGUUAUGAACAAUUGGAAGCAUACCCUGAAGUUACUAGUGAGGCUUCAACUGAGGCAGCAACAUAUGUGAAGGUUAGUAAUAAAUAUUUUAUAUGAUGUGCUGUGUGAUGGUUUCUGUGGACUCAGUUAGGGACUGGUUUUCUCUUCACUAUGAUGUCUUUGUUUUAUGUCAUAACUAGGUGAAGUCGUUCCUUUUUAUCGUGUGGAUAUCUGUCAACGUAGGUUUUCAUGGCUUCUGGUUCUGAUGCUAAUCAAACAAAUGCUGGAACUUUUGAGGCUCCCUUGACUACUAACAUACCAAAUAGCCAUUCAUUUCGUGCCACAUCAGAAGAUUCACUACCUGCUGCAAUGCGAAGAAUGCACAUCACAACUCCUGUUGAGGUUCCCUUGACUGUUAACAUACCAAAUAGCCAUUCAUUUCAUGCUACAUCAGAAGAUUCACUACCUGCUGCAAUGCUAAGGAUGAACAUCACCACUCCUGUUUCUGUACAGAAGCAACCGAUGCCUAUAGUGACUGUUUUGGAAGGUAUGGAUGGUAGUGGAUCUCAAAUUGGCAACAAUCAAGGAUCUCAAAUUGUCAAAAAUAAAUCCAAAAGGAAAAGAAAACCAAGGUCUGAGGGGGAUGAUAUGCAUUUGAAGGCUGCUGUUCAGAAAUUUGUUGAGGGUAAUUGGGGAUAUAUAGUAAAACGCGAGUCCAUGAUGGGGGAUAGAACUGCUGCACAAUUAUCUCAGAGAUGGAGCAUUAUCACUCGUAAGAAGAGCAACACCAACUUGAAACUGGUAACCAAGGCCAAUGGCUCCCUACUAUCCGAGGUACAGCGGGCAGCUCUUCAUGCAAUGAACAUGGCUCUAGAUCCUUCUCCGAGGAACACAUUUGUGAAUAACAGCAUAGGUGUUGGGCAAGCUUUUGGUAGUGCCACUGCAGUGCGUCGUCUCAGCUUGAGGAGAAGUUUGGUUGAACCAAAACAGGUCCCGACUCAAAAGCACAACCUUGUUGGACGCGGCAACAAGAUGAGCUCCUGCGGAUCAGAAGCUGCUGGGAAAGCUAAAGUACAGCUAGGUGGCAGCCAUGGAGAGCAAGUGAAGAAAGAUGAUGAAACAGACCCCGGACACAAAAAACCGAGACUGAAUGGUGAAAUGCUAAUUUCUCAGAACCCUUGUCAUCUUGUAUAGAAAAAGGAGAGCGAUUUGGAUGGCAAGGUAGAUCCCUCAAGAAACUAGCCUAAAGAGAGUCGAAAAGAAGAUGAAAGUAACAACACUGGUUCCUGUUCUUCUUCCAUUGAAGAUGAGAAGAAGCAACAUUUUGCACGGGAGAGUAGAGGGAAUGAUGAAAGCAGAAGAC